AUGGCGGCUGACGCUGGUGUUGCCGCUCUACCUGCUCGGCUUUCAGCUCUUCACCUGCUUGAACGUUCUCUUGUACCAAAUCCGUUGGCUGAUGGAAGCCGAGACCCCAUCUACCCGUCGUCGGUAAUGAGUGUGGUGGUAGGAUUUUUGAAAGAUCCGGCAGGUACCAAGCCUGCAACAAAAGUUUUGUUGGCAUUAUGCCUGGUACAAUGCAAACGCAACGUGGCCGUGGAGGCGGGAGCGGUUGCAGAGGUGGUGGAGACAGUGGCGGAGCUAGAAGGAUCAGCGGCAGAUCAAGCGCUAGCUGCACUGGAAUUGCUAUGUACGAUCCUAGAGGGAGCGACGGAGCUAAGGGCCCACGCCUUCGCUGUUCCAAUGCUGUUAGAGAUGGUAACGAAGAUGGCGGGAAGAGGGAAAGAGCAUGGGAUAAGUGUUAUGGUAGUGAUUUUUGGAGGGGGUGGCUCCGCCAGAGGAGGUUAG